AAUUGAAAGAUCAAUGAAUCAAUUACAACCAUUGAAAAAGAAGACUGAAGGAUUGAUUAAGAAAUCUGCUAAAUCAAAGGACUAUAAAUCAGCAAAAAUCUAUGCCAGAGAGCUAAUCAAUAUAAAUAAGCAGUAUAAUAAAUUAUAUACUUCCAAGACUAAACUAGAUUCAAUUACGAUGUCAAUUAAUGAACAAUGGUCAAUGAAUAAAUUAACAAGCUCAAUGCAAGUUUCUACAGGGAUUAUGAAAGACGUAAAUCUGUUGGUAAAUCUAGGUGUAGUGCUGGGAACUAUGCAAGAAUUAUCGAAGGAAUUGAUGAAGUCUGGUGUUAUUAAUGAGAUGAUGGAUGAUAUGGUUGAUUUCGAAGGAGAAGAUGAAGAAUUAGAAGAAGAGUCCCAAGAAGAAGUAGACAAGAUUAUACAAAGCUUAACCCAAGACAAGUUAUCUGCUAUUGAUACCGAGGUUCCCACUAACGAUCUUUCCAACGAAGUUGAAGAAGAACCUAAGAAUGAUAUAUCAUUACACGAUGAAGAAGAUCAAGAGGCUUUGGAUGAAAUGAGAGAGAGACUUAAAGCGCUUCAAGAAUAGGCUUAUCUUUUUAAUAGAUUAUUCAACUACUUAUUUAAUUUAUUUUUAUAAAUUCUAUAAUUCUAACG